CCAAGGAACUUGGCAACUCAAGUGGGAAGCAUUAUUACCAGAACAACAACAAGAAGAAUGUCGAAAACAAGCUUCUCUUCCAUAACAGACCAAAACCCAGGGUCCGAGUCCUCCAAUGGCGUUUCAGUGCCAGAACUUCGCGUUUUCUCGAGAAAAAAGAGACUCAAAGAGACUAUCCAAGCAAAGCCUCUUCGUGACGAGAAGUCGUCUGUCCUUCCCGACAUCGAAGAAUUUGCAUACAAGAAAGCAAGUGGAUCUGCCUCUUCAAAGAAGUCGCAAGAUGUUUCUGAUGUUUUUGUGGCGGAAGCUGAAGUUUCUCCUCUAGUUAGGCCAAGAGAUGAACCACCUGCUAACUGGGAGAAAGUCCUUGAAGGCAUUCGCAAAAUGAGGUCUUCUGAAGAUGCACCAGUAGAUACUAUGGGAUGUGAAAAGGCUGGAAUUCUUCUUCCUCCUAAGGAACGAAGAUUUGCCGUCUUGGUUUCUUCUCUCUUAUCAAGCCAAACAAAGGAUCAUGUUAAUCAUGGAGCAAUUCAGCGCCUUCUUCAAAAUGAUCUGCUCACUGCUGAUGCCAUUGACAAAGCCGAUGAAGCAACUAUAAAAAGCUUGAUUUACCCGGUAGGAUUUUAUACUAGAAAAGCAAAUAACUUGAAGAAAAUUGCAAAUAUUUGUCUCAUGAAGUGCAAUGGAGAUAUUCCCCGCUCAUUAGAGGAGCUGCUUUUGCUUCCAGGGAUUGGUCCUAAGAUGGCGCAUUUGGUUAUGAAUGUUGGCUGGAAUGAUGUUCAAGGCAUAUGUGUUGAUACUCAUGUGCACCGCAUUUGCAAUCGACUAGGAUGGGUGUCACGGCCAGGCACAAAACAGAAAACUUCUACUCCCGAGGAAACAAGAGAGGCAUUACAAAAGUGGCUACCAAAGGAAGAAUGGGUUCCGAUAAACCCUCUUUUGGUUGGAUUUGGUCAAACAGUGUGUACUCCUCUACGACCCCGAUGUGGAGCUUGUACUGUAAGCGAACUCUGUCCUUCUGCAUUCAAGGAGACCGCGAGCCCGUCUUCCAAGUCGAACAAGUCUACUUCAAGAAAGAAGCCAUCAUAAGAGGAAUUCGAUCUUGGCAUAACAAACUGGGGUAGGUAUUUAUUCAGUAGUUAAGGAAGCUAUUAAUCUUCCACCUUGUAUCAUAGAAAGGCUGAGAAACAUGAUCUUCAUCUAUUUUGGUCAAGAGGAGUAAUAUCAAAUUGUAGAGUUUUUUGGGGAAGGAAGUUAAUUUCUAGUGAUG